ACAAAUCAAUCGUCAAAAAAGAGUUUAUCUCCGUCUGCUGAAGUGAUUUUGUGUUUCAAUAUUUCCUGUUUUCGUAGACUCAUUGGAGUGUUUUUCACUAAAUCGAGUUAUUUACUUUAUUGUACAACCAUUUCCAUCAUGGCCAAUGACGAAGUAAUCCUAAAACAGUACUUAUCAAAAUAUAAACACAAAGAUUACACCUCACGAGAAGUGAUUAAUUUGAUUCAAUUGUACAAAAGUCUGACCUAUCGUUUGGAGGCAUUUGUUUUCAACAAUGGCACGAGAAAGGAUUUAUUAAACCUGGAAGGUACUAUACCAGUGAAUUACAAAGGCGCAUAUUACAAUAUUCCCAUUUGUAUCUGGCUCAUGGAUACUCAUCCUCAGAAUGCACCUUUGUGUUUCGUGAAACCUACUGCCGAUAUGUCGAUCAAGGUCUCCAAAUACGUUGACAGCAACGGGAAAGUAUACCUGCCAUAUCUGCAUGAGUGGAGCUCUAAUGGAUCGACAUUGCAGACACUAAUCCAGUGUAUGAUUACUGCGUUCGGGGAAUUACCGCCUGUAUACUCAAAACCGAGGACCGAGGUGAGGCCUCCGUAUCCUGUGAGUUCAUUCAUGCCUCAGCCUGGCUAUCCUUAUCCUCAGCAAGUGACCUCACAGCCUGGUUAUCCAACAGUGACCCCAUAUCCUACCACUUCAAACUUACCCUACCCUAACUAUGGGUCCCCAUAUCCAGGAGCUGUCAAUACAAAUGGCACCCCAUACCCACCACCUGCUACCUCCACACCCUAUCCACAAACAAGUAACUAUGGAGCUGAUCCCAAUGCCACUGGAGGUACAAUAACUGAAGAACACAUCAAAGCAUCUUUAUUGUCAGCUGUAGUUGACAAAAUGAAAAGAAGAUUGAAUGAACAAUCCCAGCAGUCUCAAGCUGAACUGGAGACUUUACGUCGCACUCAACAGGAACUAAGAGAAGGCAAAACCCGGCUUGAAGAUAUUCUAGCAAGACUUGAGAGAGAGAGAUCAGAGUUGGAUAAAAAUGUAGUUGUUCUGCAAGAAAAAGAAAAGGAGUUGCAAGCUGCAGUGGAACGCCUAGCUGAACAGGAAGGGAUAGACGUUGAUGAGGCAGUUGUCACCACUGCUCCUCUCUACUCUCAGCUUCUAAAUGCUUUUGCUGAGGAAGCUACAUUGGAAGAUGCUAUUUAUUACAUGGGUGAAGCUUUACGUAAAGAAGUUAUUGAUCUAGAUACGUUUUUGAAACAAGUACGUACACUAGCACGCAGACAGUUCACUCUACGCGCUUUGAUGCAUAAGUGCAGGCAGAAGGCUCAACUGGCGUGCUAGUAACUAUAUACAGUUGCUAUUGAAUGUUAAUAUCACUUUCUGUGUACCAUUUAUAGACAGAAGUUUAAUGCUUGAACUAUUUAUCCAUCUAGUUUAAUUUUGACAUGUAAUAAAAUAUCUGUAACAUUUAAAUUUUAUUCAUGAUCUUGUUAUUUUUCACAAUAUUGUUUUAUUUGUUCAUGUUAGAUUAUAUUUUUAUUGCUUUAGAUCUGCAUCUUUUAUGGUCUUUUGUAUCCACUGUAUAGGAUAAAAAUUGUGCUAUAUUAUGAAAUAUAUUUGAGGCAGGGUGUUUUCAUUUAUGUAUGCUAAAUUGGGUAAGAUUAAAAUUAUUACAUAUUUAUUCAUAAAUCCUAGAUAAGCAUUUGUGAAGUGUUUCCCUUGCUUUGGAAAUUGCAAUUGCUUUGUUAUUCAUGUCUCUUAUUUUAAUAAAUCAAGAACUCUGUAGAAUGCAAAGCACUGUUGUGGCACUCGUGACUGUUAUCACUUAGUAAAUAGUGCUAGACAAUAAGAUAAAACACAUUACCACUAUGUUACAUGUGAAGAGGAUCCUAAUUAAAUGUAAUCACUGGUUGUUAAAUUUAGAUGUGCCAUUUUUCAAGGCAGUAAUGUGAUUAACUAUGAAUAUGUUGUUAUUGUAGUAUUUAAAGUAAGGUUUGCUUUAACCCUGGAUGACUGUACUUGUCUUUUUACAAGUCACACAGGUACUAAAUAUUUUUUUUGGAAUUACAUCAGCUCAAAGAACUUUUCCCUUUACAGAGAAACUACUCUGAAGGCAAAUAAUUACUUUUGUAUUAGGAUACCAAAAAAAUUCACGUAAAUAAAGUAAUAACAACAAUAAAAGGUAAUGAUAUGCUAAAUGUUUUAAAUAUUUUUAAUUUAUUUCCUUGUAAGGUUUUUUUUACCGAAAAUAGUUGAUAAAUACUUGCUUUACUUUAUGCUGUUUAGUACAUUUUAUUUACUACAAUAGA